CAGAAUAAAAAGCUUGCGCAGCGCAAGGCGGUACCUCUAUUGUUCUGAACGCUGAUCGGGUGCUGGUGUCUGGACAAGACGGCAAGUAAUUGCACAAUGGCAGAUAAACCCAAUGUCAGCGAGAUCGAACAAUUUGACAAAAGCAAACUGAAGAAGACUUGCACCCAGGAGAAGAAUACGCUCCCUUCAAAUGAGACUAUUCAACAGGAGAAGGAAAUCUUGAAGUCUUAGGCAUGGCGGAAACGCGGAUUCAUUCUCCACCGCACACGUCUGGAGCAUGGAUCAAUCCCUCGGCUCACAAAUGCGGCACACGGGGAAUCUAGAUUCUUGGCAUUGCUUUAUUCCGUAACGGAGUAAGGCGUGUGGUCUGCUAGAUUCCCACAAGUGACACACAAUGCUUGACAACCUGUCAGUUUGUACAAAUUGCAAAGUGCACCGAAUAAAACUCCCUAAAGACUA